AUGGCGACGAAUAUCGGCAUUAUGGACAGUGCGUAUUUUGUCGGCAGGAAUGAGAUUCUGAGUUGGAUCAACAAUCGACUCCAGCUCAAUCUCUCACGCAUUGAAGAGGCUGCUUCUGGUGCUGUACAAUGCCAGAUGAUGGAUGUGGCGCAUCGAGGUGUUGUUCCGAUGCAUAAGGUUAACUUUGAUGCAAAGACGGAGUAUGAUAAGAUCCAGAAUUACAAAGUUUUGCAGGAGGUUUUUAACAAGCUGAAAAUUGAGAAGCAUAUUGAAGUUAGCAGGCUUGUUAAAGGCAGGCCUUUGGACAAUUUGGAGUUCCUCCAGUGGCUGAAACGUUACUGUGAUUCUGUGAAUGGUGGCAUUAUGAAUGAGAACUAUAAUCCUGUGGAGCGAAGAAGUAAGGUCGGAAAGGACCGAAAUCUGAAAUGUUCUAUGAAGAAAUCAAAAUCACUGCAAAUGGAUAAUAUGCAUAACUCAGGCUCAGGCAACACACUUGGUCCUAAUAGAACCUCUGCCAAGCAUCCAUUCAGAUCAAGUGGAGUGGCAGAUGGGGCUAAUUCUUCAGCAGAGAUUCAAUCUCUGUCCAUAGAGGUUGCUGAUCUCAAAUUAACAGUGGAUGCCCGUGAAAAGGAGAGAGACUUUUACUUUGCAAAACUACGGGAUAUAGAAAUUAUUUGCCAGACUCCAGAAGUGGAGAAUAUCUCUAUUACUGUAGCAAUUAAGAAGAUUUUAUAUGCCACUGAUACAGAGGAAUCAGUGCUGGAUGAAGCUCUAGAUUAUCUUAAUCAAACUGUGAAUGCGGUAGAGGCUCAAGAUUAUCAUGGUCAAACUAGUGAUGCUGAAUCAGAUAUUGAAGCCGAUUCUCAAAACUAG